GUCUUUCUUCAACAGCGCUCUGCCUCUACAAACUUUGUGCCCUUUUCUUUGGCCAGCCUCAGUUGAUAGUUCUCCUACUCUAUUUGUAUAUUACCUCCUUUCCGCUCGUAUUCUCUACUAUCCUUUAUUUUCCAGAAUGAAGUGCGGCUUACUUGCAGGCACAGCGACGUUGCUGCUGCUCACACUCACAGGUUCGGCAUCGGGCGAGCUGACAACAACGCAGGAGUAUCUGGAGGAGGCCAACAACCUGCUGUUGCAUGGCAAGUACCGUGAGGCUAUCAGCCAUUACGACGCAGCCAUUGCCAAGGACCCGCAGAACUACCUGACGUACUUUAAGCGCGCAACCACGUAUCUGACGAUUAACAAGCAUUCAUCGGCGCUCAAGGACUUUUCGCGUGCCAUUGAGAUCAAGCCCGACUUUGACCAGGCGUAUCUGCAGCGGGCCAAGGUGUAUCUGCGCGAGGGUGACCUGGACGGCGCCGACAGCGACAUUGCCAAAGUGACAACAGGCAACGCCAAGAUUUUCGAAAAGUCAAAGGAAUUGAAAGACAAGAUUGCGCUGGCUCGCGACAUGGCGAAUGUAUCUUCAAAAGCGCUUGCGGAGAAGAAGUACAGCGAGUGCAUCGACUCGGCGUCCAAGGUCAUCCGUGUCUCGCCGUUGCACACAUCAAUCCUCAAGACAAGGGCUGCUUGCCGCAUGGCCAGCGGAGAUCUGGAGGGUGCCAGCGCCGAUCUUGGCCGGCUGGUGCGCAUCCAUCCCGGGGACCUGAAGACGCAGGCAAAGUUGGCCGAUCUUCACUACCUUGCGCUGAACGAAUCUGAGCGUGGGAUGGAGCACGUGCGUGGGUGCCUAAAGUCGGAUCCGGACAAUAAGAUGUGCCAGACGGUGUUCAAGCGGUUGCGUGCGCUCGGACGCAAGGUCGAGAAGCUGGAGAGCGACAAGGCAAAGGGCAAGUGGAAUGCGUGCAAUCGAGGAGUGGCGCCAGCCAACGGCAAGCCUGGACUGCUGGACGAUGUGGACCAGAUGUACGCACAGUUCGUCAUCGAUGCUGAAAUCCCGGCCACUGUUCCGGCCAAGCUUGCCACAUACCUGGCUGGCAUUGCAUGCGAGGGAUACACGCACACAAAGAAGUGGGACCAUGCGAUGAAGCACUGCGACCGUGUUCUGGAGGCCGAGCCUGGAAAUGCUGAUGCGUUGGGCAACAAGUUUGAGGCGCUGUUGGAGACCGACGAGGUCGACCAGGCGCAGGUUGUGUUUGCGUCGCUUGAGCAGGCCAACGGGGGCGGUCCCGAUCACCAGCGGCGCAUGCACGAGCGGCGCAUGCGGCUGGAGCAGAAGAAGCGCAUGGCUGCGCGCAAGGACUACUACAAGAUCUUGGAUGUGCCGCGCGAUGCUUCGCAACGGGACAUUAAGAAGGCGUUCCGCAAGCUGGCGCACCAGUGGCACCCGGACCGUUACCGCGGCGACCUGCCCAAGGACAAGGUUGAGGAGAAGAUGGCCGAGAUCAACAUGGCGUAUGAGGUGCUGUCAGAUGAGGAGACGCGGACCCGCUACGACCAGGGUGAGGAUCCCAACGACCCGACCGGUGGCCACGGUGGUCCAGGCGGCUUUGGCGGCGCCAAUCCGUUCAUGUUCCAGCACGGCGGUCCGGGUGGUGGUAAGCCCAUGUUCUUCCAGCAAGGCGGCAGCGGCCAGCAUUUUGCGUUCAACUUUGGCGGCCCUGGCGGCGGCUUCCCCUUCUAGACUCUUUGGACCUGUUUUUGUACUUCGAAUGAAACUCCAGUCUUGGACUGCAGCAGGGGCCGUUGCUCGUGGCACCAUAUCGACGCCAGCCAUUGUUUGGAUGUAUUGCAUUUGCAGUGCAGUAGGCACAGCAGCAACAAUGUUUGGAGGUCGCACAGUCCUCCCGUCUGCCACAUCUGCAAGCACAAAGCAGUUCCAC